UCUAGCAUCUUUCGGCAAAGUAUCCGUCUUCCAACAAGUAUUGUUGACUUAAGUUUGCGCAUUUCAUUUCGAUCGAUUUUUUUGUGACAAGAAACAGAUCAGGAUGUGCGGCAUUUUGGCAGUAUUUUCGGCAACACAAAAACCUUUUCAUGGAAAGCAUUUCGGGAGGAAACUAAGACAAUCUUUUCGGGAAAUGGCGUACACACAAAGUGGUAAGCAGCGACAUAGAGGACCCGAUUAUACUGGUGUGGAAGUGGUAGCAGACCGAGGAGUGGUUAUGGUGCACGAACGAUUGUCAAUAGUUGGAGUCGACACAGGAAACCAACCCUUCAAAUCGGAUGAUGACCGCAUUGUAUUGGCGGCAAAUGGCGAAAUCUACAAUUUCCGGGAAAUUAGUAAAAUUAUUCGUGAAGAACGCGGUGUCUACAAGCCCAAAAGUGAUUGCAGCGUUCUUAUCGAACUUUACGAAGACUAUGGGGAAAAUCUCUUCGAGCACAUCACAGGAAUGUAUGCUUUUGCACUGUAUGACAAGCUGGAAAACUGCGUCUUGAUAGCCAGGGAUCCACAUGGAAUCAUACCUUUAUACUUUGGAAGGGACGAUGAACAGAAUUUUUGGGUCGCUAGUGAAAUGAAGUGUUUGGUUGACGUCUGUGGGGAAAUUGAAAUACUCGAGCCUGGAACCAUGAUGGUCGGUCAAGUAAAUAAAUUAGAAAAGAAACGCUUUUUCAAUCCCUUAUGGUACGAGAAGCCUUUGGGAGUACCUACGGAUCUAACUCGUCUACGGAAAUCACUGGAAAGUGCGGUAAGAAGUCAUUUAGAAUGUGAAGUGGAUUUUGCUGCUCUACUAUCUGGUGGAGUCGACUCCAGUCUUAUUGCUUCCAUUGCAACCAAAAUCAUUCGGAAAACUGAUCCUGCGUUCAAAUUGAAAACCUUCAGUGUCGGACUUCCAGGUGCCCCGGAUUUUGCCUUCAGUAGAAAGGUGGCUGACUAUAUCGGUAGUGAUCAUACCGAACUUCAUUUCACGGUUGAGGAAGGACUCGAUUGCAUUAAGGACGUCAUAUAUAAGCUGGAAACCUACGACGUGAAUACUAUCCGGUGCAGCAUUCCUAUGUACCUUCUAACUAGAUACAUCAAAAGCAAAGGGAUCAAAAUGAUUCUAGUCGGUGAAGGCUCUGAUGAAGUAUUUGGAGGGUACCUGUAUUUCUACAAGGCUCCGUCUCCUGAAAGUUUCCAUGAGGAAUUAGUGAAUCGGGUGAGAAAACUGCACUUAUCGGACUGUUUGCGCACAAAUAAAACUGCAAUGGCGUGGGGCAUUGAAUUACGCGUUCCUUACCUUGAUAAAGAUUUCGUGAAUUUGGUUAUGUCGAUUGAUCCAACUGAAAAAAUCCCUGGUCCGAUGAAUUCUUUUUAUUGUAAUGGUUUAACCAAGGAAGCAACCAAUCAUUCACCGCAAAUAGAGAAAUAUAUACUACGGAAGGCUUUUGACGAUGGAACUUAUCUACCAGAUGAGGUCCUAUGGCGGCAAAAGGAACAAUUUUCAGAUGGUGUUGGUUACGCAUGGAUUGAUACUAUCCGGGAAUAUGCUACGUCUCAUAUUACUGAUGAAGAAUUUUCCAAAGCUACGGAAACAUUCCCUAUUAAUACACCACUGACAAAGGAAGCAUUCUACUAUAGGACAAUAUUUGAGGAUCUAUUCCCUGGAGAUCAUUGUGCUCGCACUGUAAAAAAGUGGCAACCUCGUGAGGAUUGGGGUUGUUGUUCACAUGAUCCUUCUGGAAGGAAACAAACGGUUCACAAGGCACAUAAAUAAAAUUGUGGAGAUAUAGCUAUGGGAAAUGUCGGUAUAAAAAGAUAUACACAAUGGAAUUUAUAAAACAAUAUUGAAUUAUAUUAGGGAUAAGUUUACACUUCAUAUAUUAUAUAUGUAUAUAUAACUUGCAAAUGUAAAAUUGAGACAAAUUUGUUAUACACUGAAUUUUCCAAUA